UCCGAUACUAGUUCUACCACUCAUGGUUCCCAUUUCUCUACAGAAGCUACUAAUCGAAUAUUGAAUGAGUCGCAAUCUGAAAUUAUUUUAUCAGUAAAUAUUACUGACCCAGAAGGAGUUAUACUUAAAAAAAUUCAUCAGGCACUGGAAUGUAAUCAAGAAGACAGCUCCUUUAUUAAUGACUUUAUCCACACUUCAAUGGAGCUCGAAAAGCAUAGUAAGGAUCCGAGAGAAAAAUUAUCUCGUGAUGCAGUUAAAGCAUUGCAUCUAUCAACAACCUCACAAAUUAUAUUGGAUUUACUUGAUAUAGCUGAGUAUAAAGAAUCGAAAUUUCAGGUCGAAUUAUCAUCUAAUUAUUCUG